UUUGAGGCAAGUUCGUCGAGGUUUUGAACGGGUUCCAGUGGUGCCGUCCUGCUGCUGCUGCUGUGGUCGCUGAGUGCGGUGUGUCAGUCACUAUGGCGCUAUUAGGGCUGAUGCGGGUCCUGAGUCUGAAGGCUGGGAGAGCUGGGGUGCAGAGGGUGUGCUGUCAGGGCAUCCACCUGGGAAGCGUUCUGCUCCGAGACACUCCUCCUCCAAGACCUGUCACUUCCACUAGUUAUGUCCACGGUACAUCGGAAAUACCACUAACCAACAGGACUAUGCAGCAGUGUCUGUACGACACCACUCAACGAAUCCCAGAUGAUGAGGCUGUUGUAGUUGUGCAAAGCGCCACCAGGAAAACAUUCAGCCAACUCAGCAAAGAUGUAGAGACAGUGGCUGCUGGGCUUUUAGCACUAGGCCUGAAGAAAGGAGAGCGUCUGGGAAUGUGGGGGCCAAACAGCUAUGAAUGGGUUGUUAUACAGUAUGCAACGGCUCAAGCUGGGAUCAUAUUGGUAUCUGUGAAUCCAGCAUAUCAAUCAAAUGAAGUGGAAUAUGUUCUCAGAAAGGUUGGCUGUUCUGCCCUUGUGUUCCCGUCACAGUUUAAAACACAGAAAUACUAUGAACUAUUUAAGCAGGUUUGUCCAGAGAUAGAACAUUCACCAGCAGGUGGCAUUAAGAGUAAGACACUCCCAGACCUACGCAUUGUGAUAACCUUGGACAAGAAGUAUCCAGGUGCUUUUCAGUUUCAGGACGUGAUUGAUGCUGGAAGCUCUCAGUAUGUAAAUCAGCUGCAUGAUUUGCAGAAGACAUUAUCCUGCGAAGAUCCCAUCAAUAUUCAGUUUACUUCGGGUACAACUGGAUAUCCCAAAGGAGCGACUCUGAGCCAUCGCAACAUUGUAAACAAUGCGACUUUUGUUGGGAUGAGAUAUGGCUAUAACUGGAGGAAGGGAGACCGGGUAGCUCUUCCAGUACCCCUGUAUCACUGCAUGGGCUCCGUUCUUGGCAGUCUUAUAAUGGCUGUCUAUGGUCCCACGCUGGUCUUGCCAUCUCCAACUUUUGAAGCCCGAGCUGUGCUGGAGGCCAUUUCAGCAGAGAAAUGUACAAGUUUUUACGGGACCCCUACAAUGUACGUAGAUAUGUUGGGGCAGCCAGACUAUGCUUCUCUUACAUCUACCCUCAUUAAUGGAGUUAUUGCUGGAUCCAUUGCUCCCCCUGAAAUUGUAAGGAAACUUGCAACAGAAACCAACAUGAGAACUAUCUUGAUCGGCUACGGCACAACAGAAAACAGCCCUGUCACUUUCAUGGGUUUCCCUUAUGAGGAUCUUUUCCGCAAGACCAAUACUGUGGGGCAUAUCAUGCCCCAUACUGAGGCAAAAAUAGUCAAUACCAACACAGGCGAGAUAGUUCCACUUAACAGCCCCGGGGAACUAUGGAUUAGAGGUUACUGUGUAAUGUUGGGUUACUGGGCAGAUGAAGACAAAACCAAGGAGACAAUCACCCCUGAAAGAUGGUAUAAAACGGGAGAUAUUGCUACCAUGGAUGAAUUUGGAUACUGUCAAAUUGUUGGGCGCUGUAAAGAUAUGAUUAUCCGAGGGGGUGAAAAUAUAUAUCCAGCUGAAAUAGAGCAGUUCUUGCACACACAUCCCAAAAUCAUGGAAGCCCAGGUCAUUGGAGUGAAGGAUAAGCGAAUGGGGGAAGAACUUUGUGCUUGUCUCAAAAUUCAUCCGAAUGAGCAGUGUACUCCAGAGGAAAUCAAGCAGUUCUGCAAGGGAAAGAUCUCUCAUUUUAAGAUUCCUCGUUACAUUGUCUUUGUAAAUGAAUAUCCUCUAACAGUUUCUGGAAAGAUACAAAAAUUCAAGCUGAAAGAAGCAAUGGAGAAGCAGCUGGGAUUAUGAAGAGGAGUUACUCACAUCUCUGAUUGUCCUUCACUGUCCUAAUAUAUGUCAGUGUUGCCUUAGGGGCAUCCCCACUCCUAUGCUCUAUUCUUUUCUUUUCUGCUGUUUUCGUUGGCACCCUCAGCUUCUAUAAAGUGGUGAAUACCUAUAGAUGACUUAACUGUGAACCCAUGAAAAUUGUACAUCUCGCCCACCGUCAGCCUUCAGCAGGGCCGGACUGCCCAUCUGGCACAUCUGACAAAUGCCAGAAGGACCGAUGGGCCAGUGCUGUCGAGAGAGAACCAGGAAGGCCGCGUGCAGCGCAGCUUCUGGCUCUCUGGUUUGUCCCUCGCUGCCACCCGUAGUGCUGAGUUGCUAAGCACCCCAUUUGCGCCACGCGGGCACACGGAUUCAAGGGACGAAAAAAGGUCCCAGUCCGUCCCUGGUCUUCAGCAUGGUUCUGACUGCAUGAAUGUAUGGCUUGCACAGACCAAACUGCCCAAGCUAUUUCCCUGCAGCCCUGUGAUCAGUGAUGUGACAGCUGCCACUUUACCCAGACCAUAUUGUACAUAUAGAUCUGAACACUUACAUUACGUACAUAAGAGGAUAAAGGUCAGGAGACAUUCUCUAUACUUCAUUUCCUGUGACUGCAAAUUGUACUUUCAAAGGAAAAAUAUCAGGCUACUUUAAUUUGUAUUGUUAACUAUUGAUUAUCAUCAUGACCGUCCAUUUAUUACAGUAUGUGCCUUCCCAUUAGACUGUACAACGAUGUCGUCAUGUCUCAGUCACAGGUUAUCCUAUAUACUUCCCCAGCAGUGUAUUGCUGUGUUUUCCAUCACAAUGCUAAGUUUCCACUUUAUUCCUAUGGAUAAAAAAAAAAUGAGAGAGAAUGUAGUUUUGCAGACUUUGAAGUCUGUUUAUCAAAGUGCAAAUUAGUUGCAUACAAGGUUUUCUAGACAAGGUGCUAAUGCAUUGCUCAAGGGGGACUUUGGGAUGUGCUUAAGCUAUGAAUACACCUAAGUGCCUAGAGUGGGUACAGCACACUCAGAACUAUCUGUAUACCUUUUUAUCUAGGACAGGAAACACCUCUUUGCACUUGAGUGGUAAGCUUUUCUAUACCAUUUAAUAUUGCAUUACAAAGAAGUCUAAUUAAUGAGGACAUUGGCAUGCUGUGUAAGGCUGUCUUUAUCAACAUUUGGCCGGAAUAGAAAAGGCGAUAGGACAUCUUUACAUUGAAGAUCACGGGUUGGGGCUGUAAUACCGGCAGUCGGCAUCCCAGAAGCCAGCAUACCAACCCCGGGUUCCCGGCUGGCAGAAUGCCGGCUGCGCUUGCCACAGGCUCCAUUUCCCCUCUAUGGGAAUAGUACGAGUGGGAAUAGCCCCUGGUAGCCGGCAUUCCAGCUGUUGGCACUAUCAGUGGUCGGGAUUCCGGUGUUGGUAUCCUGACUGCCGGCAAAUCAACUACUUCCCAAGAUUACUUUAACUAACUUUGGAAAUGAGUAUACUUGGAGUUACCCUGAAGGCAGCAGUGCUGACUUCCUAUAUGGAGAUGUACCUGGUUCUCAUGUUACUCCUAUCUCUGCUGCUCACCAGCCUCUUGCACAUUCCAGUCAGCAAGUUUGCAUAGUGUGAGCAUCUGUAAAAUGUGGCACAUACAUACUGCUUUUGGCUCAACCCUUUCAGUAGCGAGGAAGAAAACACUGACAUCUUUCAUCAUUAGCUAUUUUGUUUUGAAAACACAAAGUAUUUUUUGCAACUUGAAAAAUUUGGUAUCAAAUUGAACAUUUUCAAUUGAAAACCUUUUUAACAAAAAUUGUGGACAAAUUACAUAUAUUUAAGACCUACCUUAUCAUUUGUUGCAGGGCCUCAAAGAAUCUGUAGUCUCUAUUUAAUGGCAACAUAUGUACCAGAACAAUACAAGUUAUACAAUAAGAUAUAAUUUUCUUUUAAAUGCACCACAUUUUACAUUUUCCACCUUACAGUUCUUUUCCAAUCCAAUGCAGCAAAUAGGUCAAUAAAACACAAACACGCUUUUGAUGCACAGGACCUUUUGUUUUCAUCACAACAGAUUUUUACAUAUCAUUUCAACUCCUUCUCUUCAUAUGUGCUGAGGCUCCUUGUCUUUCAUAAUGUCACUACUCUAUGCGGGAUAUUCGGUUAGGGGCGAUGGGCACAGUGUGCCAGCAUUCUGGCCUAUCUCUGGGAUCUGGCACCACUGUCAUAGAAGAGAUGCGCAGAAGAAUCUGCGAUAUUAGGCACCAGAAUUAGAGGGAUGUGUGCAGCCACAUAUCGCAAACCACACAUUGCCAUUAAUUGAUUACUCCCUGUAUAUCUCUUUCCUAAAUCUUUUUGCUGGUUACUGCUUCAUAUACUAUAACAAGUUGCUAUAACAAGUUAUUUCCUUCUCGCAUAUCUAUUUUCUAACCACCCCUCCAUCCCAUAUUGUUCUGUUGCCUUUGGAUGUCAGGUUUCUUGAAACAAGGUUUAAUCCAUUGUUCAUGAAAGACCUUGGGAUGGUUAAGCUAUAUAUGCUCCUAAAUGCCCUAUACUGUGAGUGCUAGGUCACCAUGUGCUACCUUCUAUGGAGCAGCUAUAGGCAUUGUAUGGUGCUCCACAUUCGGCCAUGCAUCUGUUAGCAGAAUGUGCCCUUGUUCUCUGCCUAUAAUGGUUCCCCGAGCCUGUGGCACCAGUACCUUUAUGCCAUGCAGUCUGGAAAGUGCAGUAUAUAAAACAAACCUUUAGAUGCAGAACUCACUCUGCAGGGACAGAUAAAUCACUAGCUUUCCAGCCGUGACAUAUGAAAAUUAUUUUAAUACCGCUGUUUAUAACAUGCACAACAUAGAGAGAAAUGUGUCUGCCACCUACUCUGGAAAAUGGCAUACCUUCUGCUGUCAUAGACUUAUCUUUGGCAUUAGGUCAAUUUGUAUUGGACUGGAAGUAGAAUACCAGCAAAGUGGCAACCAUCGAAGGAACAACGAUUUGUAUCUGGCACAAACUAGUAAUAACUAGCUGGAGUUUUAGAAAAUGUUUUUGAUUGUUUCAGUUUUUAAUAAAAGUCCUGUAUUAAUUUGA